GUCGCGCACAUGCUGCCAUGAAGCAGGCUGCUGCAGCCGCCAUUGUCAAUUGAACAGCAUUGACCUUCCUGGUGGCUGCUGCACCGCCUUUGCCCGGCCCCUGGCCUGUUAAACUUGAAGGUGCCGUUGACAAAUCCUCGACGCACGCAGCACACUGGGUGACCUCGCGGGGGGACUGCUGUUGCUCAGCUUCAGCAGCAUUUGUCCCGAGCAGGAAGUAAAGCAGCAAGGUCAUUGCGCACCAACACAUGCUGAGCACUGUUGGCUGGGGAGGAAUUAUCCCCAAAUUGGUCACGCUAGUCAGGUAACAGCAGCCAGCGUGGCCAGCUGCUAUUUUAGCACGGGUGCCGAUCAAAGGGAGCAAGUUCAUUGCCUGCAGACAGGUGCAUUGGGGAUUGAACAUCAGCACCAUGAACGAUCUUCUUGGGGACAUUGGGGGUGCCAAUGGCCACAGCAAGGACCUGGAGGCGGGGCCUGCGGGCCCCUCGCAGGCGGACCGCAACCUGCAGCAGUUCUUUGACGAGGUGGCGGAGAUCAAGAGCCAGAUGGCGGCCAUCCGCAGGAACCUGCACAAGCUGCAGGACGCCAACGAGGAGAGCAAGCAGGUCACGCGCGCCCCCGACAUGAAGGCCCUGAAGGAGAAGAUGGAGGCUGACAUCGACGAGGUCAGCAAGAUGGCGCACAACAUCAAGAGCAGGCUUGAGGCACUAGACAAAGCGAAUGCGGAGAGCCGCAAGCAGGCGGGGUGCGGGGAGAACAGCAGCAGCGACCGCACGCGCAUGUCCAUCACCAACACGCUCAAGAAGAAGCUCAAGGAGCUCAUGGGCGAGUUCCAGGCGCUGCGCCAAAAGUUCCAGGACGAGUACAAGGAGGUCGUGGAGAGGAGGAUCUUCACGGUGACGGGGAAGCGGCCAGACGAGGACCAGGUGGAGCAGAUCAUUGAGAGCGGGGAGAGCGAGCAGAUCUUCCAGAAGGCCAUCCAGGAGCAGGGCAGGGGCCAGAUUUUGGACACGAUUGCGGAGAUCCAGGAGCGGCACGACGCGGUGCGCGACAUGGAGCGCAAGCUGCUGGAGCUGCACCAGAUCUUCAUGGACAUGGCCGUGCUGGUGGAGGCGCAGGGCGAGCUGCUGGACAACAUCGAGGUGCAGGUCACCAAGGCCGUGAACCACAUCGAGCAGGGCACCAAGGCGCUGGUCAAGGCCAAGGCGCUGCAGCGCAACACGCGCAAGUGGAUGUGCUGCGCCAUCAUCAUCCUGCUCAUCGUCGUCGUUGUCAUUGUGGUCGCCGUGGUACAACCCUGGAAGUCGGGCAAUGCCUAGCGGCGCCACACCCGCUCAAUCAGCCACCGUACCGUCGGGUAGCUGAGCUGCCAAGUCUGCAAGGUCGUCUCCGCAGCAUGCUCCCCGGAUUGAGGGAGUCCAUCACUAUCUGCAAAAAUACUCAGUUAACUCUCUACUCGAGGUUAGAAACGAACACGUGUUUUCUGCAAGAGGGAUUGACCAGCGGCUGUGUGCUGUCCAAAAAUGUGCGCAUAGAGUUUUUUAUAUGACGUUCUGUGAAUCUCGAAAGUUUUUAGUACCGGCCCUUGUUCAUGAGAAAUCUAGAGAUUGGGAUCAAGCUGCGCUGGUAACUCUGUCCUUCUAAAGCUCCUGAGCUGGUGCACGAGUGCCGCUGACAAGCAAAUCAGUAAAGCUCAGUGCUGUGGGUAGCAAGUUGCUCAAACUCGCAGGCAUGCUCCAAGAUAUUGGACAUGGCGAGAGUACACAUGGUGCUUCCUCCGUUUCAGUUUUGAGAGAACAAUCCGAUGAGUUUCUAACAAGCCGCUGCUCACGGUUUUCCUCGUAAUCCAGGUCGGCUGUCUCUUUCUG